AUGUCGUCUUACAGCAACCAAAAUAGUGGCUACGGCCCAUCUGGCCAAGGAUACUUCGACGGAUCUGCUGGAUAUUAUGCCCCUGAAACUAGCCAAAUGUACGCCGGACAAGGCCAAGUGUAUCCACAAGAUGUCGGCGGAGGCAUGUAUGAAGACAUGAAUGCUGAUUCACAAUAUUAUCCGCAAUAUGGUCAGUCUGGUUGGAAUCAGCAAGCAGAUCAAGGUUAUCAAAAUUGGGCCACUCCAGAAACCACCACCCGAGGAUCUUAUGGCUAUCGAUCAGAAUUUACACCGCAGGUUUUUGGUUUUCCAGUUACUUCCUUGACGUUUGAUGCCAGUUAUGAUGCCAUGUACGUUGCAUCGGCCACACAGUCCAUGACUACUACGAGAUGGAAAGCCCACCGAGCGUCCGUAUUGGCAGUCCAUAAUAUUUCCGAUGGCAUGUGUUACUCGUGUGUGGCAGGCCAUCCUGAAGCGCCGUCUUCCACUCGGAGCCGAGUUUAUGAAUGUAUGUAUGGUAUCAAUAAGACUGUUCCAAUGGUGCCUGGAAGACAGCAUAUUCCGCCACACGCGUAUCGGCCGCCUUACGGGGGAAGUUCGGUCGAAACAAUGGCCGCCUCGGGUGGAAAACAAGGACAUAUUGGAAUUACGGACAUGCUGUCACUGAACGAACAUGCGGCUACUAUUUCUCCCUCGGCAGUACGAAUUCAUUCCUAUGGUGGUCUACAAGUGCACGAUCAUGAUAUCAGCGGAAUGCUGGCAGGGACCAUUCAUCCGCAUUCCGGGCAAGCAACGCAUAUUUCGGUUGGCGGAACGAAUUGUGGCGACAAGUACUCGCACCAUGAUAUAUUUUGUAUGGAUAUAUGGCAGGGUCUUCGAGUCGUCAACUCUGCGGCAUUCAAGAACAAGAUGCACUCGAUGCAACCUAGUAUCACGGCCAUGGCAACCAGUCAAGAGCGAGGGGCAAUAAUAGCAGGUUGUGCAGACGGCAAGUUACGAAUCAUGGAUGGAUCCUUGCGAGAGAUUGCUACAGUAAAGAGUCAUGUCGGUGGUGUUUCAAGCAUGAGUGUCUCUCCUGACGGCAUGUUGAUUGCAACCACGGGGUACAGUUCCCGGGUGGCCGCCAACAAGGAGACCAGCAUCCUCUACGGCUUCCCGGAUACUCGAGUAUAUGUUUAUGAUAUGCGAUAUUUGGGCCGAGGAGGCACACCACACAUGUUUGCCGGGGUCGGAAGCUGCCCUCGCCACGUGUCAUUUAUUCCAGAUGUUGAAAGUAUGGCAUCGAAUCGUAUGUUGGUGGCGAGUGGUCAAGCCGGUGGUGGUUUGCAGAUACUCGUCCCCUUCCAAGAACCCGAUGACAAGUCAACAAGCUUCUUUGCGGCACAACUCGCUCAAGGCGAAUCCAUAAGUGCAAUGGAAGCAUCAGAAGAUCAACUAGCGCUUGGAACUUCUGACGGCCGUGUUUUGAUGUACAAAUUAGCAGGAUACAAAGCAAAAACAAAGCUUCGUGCAACUUCUGCGGCAUUUGUCCCGGCGCCACCUCGUCCAAAGGCAAAGAAGGCACUCGAUAUGACUAAGCUAUACGAGCAACCAGUGACAGCUCUACCGAUUGAUCCCACUAUCCUAUGUCGCAAUGCUGAUCCGGGAAGACGAAAUGGCAAUGAUGAACAAACAAAGUCUGUAUUUUCUACUUAUGUUCUGCAAAGCAUACCAAAAGUGUCACCUACGGGAUUCUCUCUCGAAAACUCGGUUGCUUCGUUUGGAUCAAUCGCUGGGAAACCAAUUUUGUACCCUGCGAAAAGGACUGUUUCGGAGUCUUUUCUGAAGGAAGCAGCUUCGGGUGAAGGAGAUUUCUUACUUACCAUACCGACAUCGAAGCUUGAUUUGGACAUUAUGGAAAAUCAUGCGUCGCAACCGAAACGGAGGAAUCCCAAAAAGGUGCCUCAACCACCAAAACUAAAUCCAAACAAGCUCUUGCACUGUCCCAAGCUAUCGUCGUUGUGCUACGAGGAUGGACUGAAUGGACGGCGAAGGCGAAAGGGAUCAACGGGCGAUGGAAAGAAUGAGAUUCCAGCUCGCUAUCGACGUCAAGUCAGGCCCAACUUCAAAACUGCUGGUGUCUUUGACCCAGCUGAUUACAACGAUACAGGGCUCUUUCCGGCAUGGGACUAUCCGUCCACAAUGCCAAACGCAUUUGCUUCCCCGGUGUUGCUGUUGCUCUAUUUUGUCCCUGAAAUUCGGUCAGCAGUUUUGAACGCUCAAGUACCAGAAAAAUCUUGGUCGUCAACUGCUUUUGAGAAUGCGUUGUCUCCGGAGCUUGGAUUUCUUUUCCAUCAAAUCGAAAGUUUGUAUAGCUGUGCACUUUCGCAUCCCAGUAAACCCAAUUCAAAUCAGCUGCGUCCGAAGCUUCGAACGUGGGUGCCGUCAAACUUCUUGACAGCAAUGGCAGGAAUGCCAGAAGCCGAGCAGCUUCAAGUUCUUGACGGCUCCCCAGCCGCUGUUGAUCCGCCUCGGAGACCAGAAGCCUUCUACCGUUUCAUCGCCUACCAAUUGGACAAGGAGCUUUCAAGGAAUUCCGAGAAGAAACUAAUGGAUUCGCUUCAUGGUCUGGAUUUUAUGAGCGUGAACCAGUUCGUGUCGGAAUCCACGCUCUCGUCACAAUCUACAACUAGAGUGCUGACAGUUGAUUUUGCAUAUGGCUGUUUCACUCGCGAUGCGGAGAAGAAGACUGAUAUUCAUUUUACUACUGUGCUCAAGCAUUCGCUUAGCAGAGAAACGCGCCUACGAGCAUGGAACAAAAAGUCAAAAGCUUACGAAACAAUUGUACAACGGAAGAUAGCUACGUCGUUGCCCGAAAUCUUGACUCUCUCGGGAGCUUGUGCAGGAAGGAAAGAAGAAGAUGGUCUGUGGAUCUGGCGAACCGAUGACGGUGGCAAUCCAUGGGUACCUGAAAUUGUAGAGAUUGAGCUUCUUGAAGAUGGUAACGUUACCGUCAGUGAGAUGCGAAUGAAGGAAGAUGGGGAGAUAGAGAAAGUUCGUUCGACAGACAAGUCGUCUGCAUUGCCAGAAGCCGUAUCAAAACUGGUCAGCGAGGUCUCCUCGAAGCAAAAGCUCCGCUAUCGCUUGGAUGCAGUCUUGUCCUUUGUGUCCGACGAAGGCGCUGGUGAUUUUGAAGAUUCCGAGCACCCUGGUCAUCAUAUUCUGCAUGCUCGAAUCAACCAAGACCAUAAGAAACGCGCACUUCUAUGUCAAAAGCUAGAAAUCGCAAAGGUAAUGGACUCCAUGGAUCGGUCCAAAUUGGUCUUGUCAUCUUGUAUCACCCCUGAUACACUGCAGAAACGUUCCGAAGCGAUAGAGACAAAGCUAUCAUGUCUAUCAGAGAAUGAGAAUGAUUGGAUACUGUUCAAUGGGUUUUCAGCUACAAAGACGAUUGGUGACGAUGCAAGAGCAUUUCACGUUCCAUUCAAGGAGCCAUGUUUGGUUGUUUUCCGAGCGAUGGCAGACUCGGACGAUAAAGAAGAUAACGAGAUGCAAGAAAAAGCUGUCUCGAUUUCUCCAGACGUUAUGAAUGCACGAUCGCUGUCCUCAGCAACAUCUGUUAAGAAGCAAGAAGCCUUUGACCCGGCGACUGUAUCACCAGGAAUGCUGAUAGCAUUUGAUGCAGAAUUUGUCUCAGUCCAGGAGGAAGAAGCAGCUUUGACCGAUUCUGGUUCUAAGGUAAUCUUACGGGAAACAAGGCAUGCCAUAGCUAGAAUAUCAGUCAUCGACUGCAAGAGUCGAGGCACGAUCCUCGAUGAUCAUGUUCUCCCGCGUGAGCGCGUUGAAGACUACCUUACUCGAUUCAGUGGAAUCGUUGCGGAAGAUUUGGAUCCUACAAAGUCGCCACAUAACUUGAUCUCCACACGUUGUGCAUAUCUGAAGCUACGAUACUUAAUGGAACAGGGUUGCAUCUUCUUGGGUCAUGGGUUGAGGAAAGACUUUGCAAAUGUCAACCUUGUUGUUCCUCCAAAUCAAGUCAUUGAUACAGUUGAGAUCUUCCAUCAGCCUGGAAGGCGAUAUAUCUCGCUCCGAUUCCUAGUGAACUACGUGCUAAAGCGAGACAUGCAACAAGACGUUCAUGAUUCUGUUGAAGAUGCAUUGGCAGCCUUUGAACUGUACGAGAUUGCGCUAGAAUGGAAAAAGGAUAACGUUUUUGACAAGAAGCUCCAAGAAAUCUAUACAUAUGGAAGCCAAACUGAUUGGAAGCUAGGAAUCAAAACGAAGGAUAAAGGAUUUUAA